AUGGACACCCGCCUGGAGCUGAUCCGCCAGCACAUCCACCUGUACGAACCGGUCUCGUCGGCGGCUGCCCCUGACUCGUCGCCCGCUUUGGUUAUUCUGUGUACCUGGGUAGGGGGCUCCACCCCGCGUCGCAUCAACAAGUAUGUUGCGCAGUAUCGCCAGAUGUAUCCCGGCGCAUGCAUCCUGCUGCUCACCACGUCCUUCUCGGACAUGUUUCGGCCUUUCAGCAUGCUGCGCGCCCGUCUCAAACCUGCUGGCCGCGCAAUCCGCAGAGUCUUGACUUCGCGAGGGUCGCGCGGCACCUUGUUGCAUCUUUUCUCUCACGGUGGAGGCAAUAUUGCCGUGCAACUAGCUUUGUCCCUGAAAGAGGAGGAAGAUGCUGGCACCGCGUUCUUUUCCAGUCUUCGAGGGAUUAUCCUCGAUUGCUGUCCCGGCGACGAUACCCUCCAUCGAGCAAUCGGGGCUACUCGCAUGUCAGUCCCUCAGACAACUGUCGCCCAAGUCCUGGAGAGAGCGUUUUUGUCCCCCACAGUAACAGUGGUGAAUCGGCUGCAGCAUGCUGGUGUCCUGCGCUCAGUACGUGACCUACGCGCACUGCUCCUGGAUGCCUCCACCUUUGGUACCAAACCACGGAGACUGUACAUCUAUUCCAAGGAAGAUGUCAUGGUUGGCUGGGAGGAUGUACAGAUGCAUGUCGAAGAUGCACGCGCACUAGGCUACUCGGCCCAGGAACUUGUUUUUGAACAUGGCCAACAUUGUGGCUUGGUCAUGGAAGACCCUGAUCGAUAUUGGACUGUUGUCCAAAGAUUCUGGCGUGGCGAGGAUUCUGAACGUGACGCUGACCAUAAUUCAAAGACAUCUCCACCUCUGCGCAGUCGCCUGUAA